AUGGCUCCUGAAAUUUCCAACUGUUGUGGCUUUAGCUUAAAACAUGGGACCAUCAUUAUUGGCGUCGUGCAAAGUAUUAUUUCCUUCAUGUUCUUGGUUUUAUCAGCCGCCUACGCUGAACAUCCACACGAACUGUUGGAAAUGUCUGAUCCCGGAAUCGUGCCGGAAAUAAGCGUUUUGCGCUGUCUUUUGAUCAUCAUUGCUGUUGCGAGCGCAGUUCAGUGCAUUCUCUCGAUUUCAAUCAUUUUCGCAGCUGAGACAAAUCGGCCAGUUUUGUUGGUUCCUUGGCUGAUAUUUAAUCCGGUGGCAGUAGUCGUGUACAUAAUUUCCAUUCUGGUGGCUAUUAUUCAUCAUUCGGGAGAUAACGCGACCUUUUUUAUUAUUGGCCACUUAAUUAUCGGAGCCAUUGUUUCGCUGAUUGCUCUUUACAACAUUAUUGCAGUGCACAGUUUCUACAAACACCUCAAGAGUUUGAACUUUUAAACAUUCUAUAUUAACCACAGUAUUAUCUUGACACUAGUUUUAGAUUUUAUUCGACAAAUUACUUUAAAAUAAGCAAGUUAUUGUUUCACUAAAGUAGUUGUAAUAAAGACAUUUAUUUAGUUA